UGAGUAGAUUUUAGGAAUACUAACGGGACUUUUGCCGGAAAAGAAAAACACAAUUUGAAAUUUGAAAGAACCGUCCCUUGUAAGCUAUUGUAUACAGUAAGCAGUGAAUUAUUGCGGGAAGUGAACUAGUGUGUGCAACUCUAUCUCUAUCUUCGAUUCCUUUUUCAAGACAUUCCGAGAGAGCCCAAGAUCUUCUUUCAUGCUUCACACUGGCAGGAGCAGGACCUAAAACUCCUAGCUUCAAUUCUUGAAACCGUUUCACCGGCUUCUCUUUAGCUUCAAUUCUUGAAUUCUCUCUCUCUCUCUAAGCUCCUCGCCCCUCUCUCUCUGUCUCUCUCUCAAAGCUUCUGGCCUCUUACUCUGCCUCUCUCUCUCGAUCGCACAGCUGAGAGAAAUGGAGGAAUCAGAAGUGGAACUGCCUAUGAGGGUUGAUAGGAUGGUCCAAAAGAUAUGUUUUCAUCAGUGUCUGCCACCGCUCGACACGGAAUCUCGUAAAAUCUUGGCUUGUAUCGGUGAAGACAACUCCAUGCAUAUGCUGAAAAUCAUAUCCCAAGCGAGGAUCAAAACUUUCAGUGGCUUUAUCAACCACUUGGCUCAGAAUUACAAGCCUCAAUCUCUCUCUCAAUCCAUCAAUUCACCCGCUGCUACUGAUGAUUUUGUCGUUCGCUCUCCAUUCCCGGAGCAUCUUCUGCGCUCACCCUCUUCCGAUUCAGAGGCGCGUACACCCUUAGCAAUGAGUGGUUCUUCAUCUUCUUCCAAUGUGCAAAGGACAUGUACUCCUGGAGCAGAGCAUUUGUUAACCUCCCCUUGUUCGAGCUCUGGGAAUUCAUAUACCCCUCCAAGGAAGAAAUUAGAAUUCUCAUCUCCAAUCGAUACAAACCAAGGAAGCACUUCCACAAUUAGUAAACAAUGGCGGCUCUUGUUUCAACUGGAAUUUAGAAGGAUUUUUCUUCUUUUAAAUUACAUUGGAAGGAAGAAGCUAGAAGAUCUGGUUUCUGUUGAAGAUGCUUAUCAGAUUCUAGAAAUGAAAGAUGAGCCCAUGGAAAAAUUUGAGUCGUAUGUUUGGAAUAAGUAUGGCUGUUUACUUGUUGGAAAUGAGUUACCGGACAGGAGGAGGCAUACUAAUUGGGAGUCCGGUAAAACACAUCACUACUAUUGUCAUGUUUUUCAAGACGGGAGUUUAAGUUUUCAGGGCCCAUACCUGAAUACAACAGAGACUCUUCUGCAUAGGACAUUAGGUGAUGAAAAUGUAUUAAUUGUGAGAUUUGAAGAGCAGAGAGGGGUUUCCACCUAUUCUCCUGGUAACCAUAAAGCUUUAUACCACAAGAUUGCAAGAAAGGGCAUACUUAUUGGUCAGAGGCGCUACCGUUUUUUUGUUUUUAAAGUUGGAGAGAGGAAGGGCAAGAAAAGUUAUCCCAUUACAUCAGAUGUGAACUGCUACUUUGUCCGAAUGGAACUUAUUGCUCCAUGUGGUGAAAAGAAACCAUAUAUUCUAUUAAACAAAACAAUGCAUCAAGCUAGGUGUCUUUUCAUGCAUCUUCAUACAACACCCAACCUAGCCAAAUAUGCUUCUAGGUGUUCCCUGGUUUUGUCGCAGACUACAAGGCUUGAUGUCGAUCUUGAUUCAGUGCAUAUUGAAGAAAUUGAGGACAUACCAUGUCGUAAUGAAAAUGGCUUUAGUGUUUGCAAUGAAGAUGGAGACCUUCUGAUUCAUACCGACGGCACGGGUUUUAUAUCAGAAGACUUGGCAAUGUUGUGUCCCAAUGCGAACUAUAUAAGCAAAAAGAAGUCAAAGAUGGAAGAUGGGACAUUUGAAGGGCUGAUAGAUGCCUAUGUUAAUGAACCGCCUUUGCUGAUACAAUGUCGUUUGUUCCACAAAGGUCGUGCAGUCAAGGGAACCCUUCUUCUGAAUAAAAAGCUUCCGCCUCAAACAAUUCAGAUCAGGCCUUCUAUGAUAAAAGUUGAGGUUGAUCCGACUUGGAAAGGUGUACCAUCAGUGAACUCUUUGGAGGUGGUUAACAUAAGUCGUAAACCUGGGACAUCAAGAUUGUCAAAGCUAUUAAUUCCCCUACUUAACAUUGGUGGAGUCCCGGACCAGUUUUUCUUACAUACAUUGGCAGUUGCACUAGAGGACACCCAAAGGUUGUUCUACAAUAAACGUUCUGCAGUAAAAGCUUCAAUGAACCUUGGUACAUUAGAUGAUGAUGCUACCACCGCAAAAAUAAUCUUAUCUGGAGUUCCCUUGAAUGAAGCGUGUGUUCAGAGCCGUUUAUCCAAAUUGGCAAUGGAAGAACGGAAGGGACUUCGAAAAGGAAAGCUUCCAAUCAGUGAAAGCUUCUUGUUGAUGGGAACAGCUGACCCUACUGGGCUGUUAAACAGUGACCAAGUUUGCAUCAUCCUUGAAAAUGGUCAAAUCUCUGGAAAAGUUUUGGUUUAUCGGCAUCCAGGACUUCAUUUUGGAGAUAUACAUGUUAUGAAUGCUGUUUACUUGGAGGAAAUGGAAAAUGUCGUUGGUGAUGCAAAGUAUGGUAUAUUAUUCUCUACAAAAGGUCCGAGAUCAGUAGCCAGCGAGAUUGCUAAUGGUGACUUUGAUGGAGAUAUGUACUGGGUCUCUAAAAACAAACAGCUGUUGCAACAUUACAAACAGAGUGCACCGUGGAAACGUGAACAUCCAUCGUCACUGCCUAAAAAUCCCAAAGAGCCUCCAAGACGGCCUUGUGAUUUUACUUCAGAUGAGUUGGAGCAUGAGCUUUUUGAGCUAUUCUUGAAUUCAAAAAAUCAAAAUAUCACUAUGGGAAUAGCAGCUAAUAGCUGGCAGGCCUGGACGGACAAAUUCUUAACAGCGAGUGAUGAUGAUGAAAAGAAGUACUUGAAGGAGAAGAUGCUCAAGCUAAUUGACCUAUAUUAUGAUGCUUUAGAUGCGCCAAAAAGUGGGGAAGAGGUUAUGAUUCCACGUGAACUAAUAGCGGGCAGUUUUCCCCAUUAUAUGGAACAAAGUAAAGAGUAUCAUUCUUGCUCUGUUCUUGGACAAAUUUGUGCUGCAGUAGAGAAGUUCCGCAGUAAAAGUAUGUCGAGAUGUGAAAUCAGAAAGCUUCCUUUGUUCGAGCAAGUUUCGAUCCCUGCUGCCUCAUUAAAACUCUGGAAGGAAAGAUAUGAUAAUUACAGGGAAGAUAUGACUGAUGCAUUGUCUUCCAAUAGUCAAUCAGAGAGGAACUUAGCAGGUGAUGUCAUCAAUAAAUAUAAGGAGAUUUUGUAUGGAACUGUCGACUUCAAAGCAACAACAAGGAACAUGAACGAUAUUAAUGAAGAUGCCCUUGCACUCUAUAAUGUUUGCUACGACUUUGCUAAGAGCAAAGGUGAUGUCGCCAAAUGUAAUUUUGUUUGGAAAGUUGCAGGUCCUGCUCUCUGCCAGAUUUAUACAACGAAGGCACUAAAUUCAGAAAGGUCUAUGUUUUAUGGUCUGCCCUCUGUUCUUGCAGAGAUAUUAAAUUAAGUGGCACUUUUAACUCAACGUCUUGCUGUAAAAUGUCAUGUACUGCGCCUAUUAUCUGUGCAAGUCUUUGUAGAUUAUAUGGAGACCAUCAUUUUAUUGGAUACUUUGGAGCCUAUAUAUGUUCUGCAAGCAGAACAUUAUCGAUGACAUCUUCCACUCCCACUCCCACUCCCACUCCCUCCAGUCCACUAACUUCAAUUACCAAAAGCCUCUCCACUAAGUAUCGUGCAAAGGAACUGCAAUGUGUUCUCUAUAUUCCCUUGUAAAUUAAGUUUCCAAAUUGCUCAAACUAGGAAUCAUCCUACAAACAAACCUCAGUAGCUGAUCAGGCUCAUCUAUAAAAAGCCACUCUUUGACAAACUUUUUACUAUCAAGGACUCUUUCAACCGUCAGCUCAACCCAUAAAGCUUGCAGAACAUAUAGUCUCCAAAGUCUCUGAUAAAAAGUGGUAUCCAUAGAACUCCACCGGUACCCCUGAUUUUCUACUGCCGAAUUUAUAAAAUUGGUUUUUUGUUGUUGUUAUGGUUAUGAAUUUCAAUUUUCAGGUAUUGUUUGAUACAUUAUCUUUGAAUUCGAGUUUUUCAAUAUUCAUAAUUUCUUUUUUUUUUUUUUUUUUUUUUUUUUUUGACUGAAUAUUCAUAAUUUCUAGUGAAAUUAAAGUUUCUGUUUUUUAGUUACA